AUGGCCGAAGCACAAGCCCCCCUCGCGGCCGUCAAGGUCGAGGCCUUGGUGGUGAUGAAAAUCAUCAAGCACUGCUCUCAGACUUUCCCGACCGCUGCGACCGGUUCCCUCGUCGGUAUGGACGUCGAGGGCACCCUUGAGGUCACCAACUCUUUCCCGUUCCCCGUUGUCGAGAUGCCCACCGAGUCACACUUCGAUAACGCCGCUCCCAACCCGGCCGCCGCUGCACCCCGGGCCAAGUCCAACGUCGCUUACCAGGCUGAGAUGCUUCGCAUGAUUCGUGAGGUUAACAUUGAUGCCAACAACGCUGGCUGGUACACCAGCGCCAACAUGGGCAACUUUGUCAACAUGAACGUGAUCGAGAACCAGUUUUUCUACCAGAAGGAAUUGAACGAGCGGACGGUCGCGCUGGUGCACGAUGUUUCCCGCAGCGCUCAGGGCAGCCUGAGCCUGCGUGCUUUCCGUCUGUCGGCCAAGUUCAUGGAGGCGUUCAAGGAUAACAAGUUCAACUCGGAGGAGUUGCAAAAGUCCAACCUCCGCCACCAAGAUAUCUUCGAGGAGCUGCCUGUCGAGAUCCACAACUCCCACCUGAUCACUUCGUUCAUCCACCAGCUGCAGUGCCCCGCCGCCGCGCCCACCGACCUCCCGGUCUCGCUCAGCGCUCUCGAGACCAGCUCCUUCUCCAAGUCCACCACUCUCACCCCCAACUUUGACAACCUGUCUCUCAGCAUCGACCCCUUCCUCGAGAAGAACUGCGACCUCCUGCUGGAUAGCAUCGAGGCCCACAACACCGAGGUCAACAACUACCAGUACUAUCAGCGCGUGCUCGGCCGCGAGCAGCAGAAGAUCAACAACUGGAAGCAGAAGCGCGCCCAAGAGAACGCCACCCGCGCCACGCUCAAGCAGCCCCUCCUCCCCGAGGACGAGUGGCAGCGUCUGUUCAAGCUCCCCACCGAGCCCAGCCGGCUGGAGAGCAUGCUCAACACCCGCCAGGUGGAGCAAUUCUCGCGCCAGGUCGACAGCUUCGUCUCGGCGACGACUGGCAAGAUGUUUGCUGCUAAGGGUAACCUGCUGCCCGGAGAGACCGCUAAAUAA